CUGCUCAAACUCCAAGUAACGCAUAUCAACAGUUGAUUGGUUGGCGUUAGUUUCCAGGAAACAGAGACCCAUGAUUGGAGGGAGCUAUGAUUGCCCUCAUACAUCGGACACCUAACAGCAGCACAAUAAUGCAGGAUGGCGACGAUGUCAGGAAGAGGCACUAGGUUGCUGUGUAGCAUGUUCCCUGAACUGACCUCUGUGUCAUUUGUACAACGGCUCAAUUCAAUCCAUGAUUUGGAGAAAAUCAACUUUGGCCAAUCUGUUCCCAAGCACAGUCUCCUGCUGCUCCACUGGUUUUCCAGCAUCAUUGAAAUCGACGGAGACAACGUCAUACAGUUGCCCUUUGACCCAAACAAUGGAGAUUAUGGCUCGCAUCAUUAUGGCAACUUUGACAGGGUGCUGGAUCCACCGCUUCUCGGUCAGAAGGACUACACUGUUGGCAAUAUCAAUACAGACGCAUCUGAAGAACUUCCAGAUUAUGUUGUCAAUCCCCGGGCAGAGUAUGUAGGAGGAAACAGGGACCGGAUCAUAUUCAGAGUCAGUCAGCAGAACGGAGGAUGGCAGUGGAUACAUCGAGUGUUCAUCACACAACAUUAUGGCAUUUCACCUUAUGCGACAGAGUAUGAUCCAGAACAUACCUAUGAGAUCACUCCUAACCUCUUACGACAGAUCAGAGAGUUUUCUGUGGUAACAAGCCAACAGGAACUGUCGAUGCUCAGAAAUCGCUUUGGAAGUAACGCUAAUGAAUCCCAGUUAAGGCACAUCAGAAACACGUGGGGUGGCCUUGCUGGACUUGGACUGUUGAUGUUUAUUGUGAUCCAGGAAAAGCACUCCUCUAGCCAACAUAAUAACACACCUCAGCGCGCAGGGAAGAAAAACACACAACCUGCUUUUGUUGUCAACAUCCCAGAAAACAGACAAAAUCAUAUGGGGGCUGAUGCCCAACAAAACACCAAACUUCAGGUUGCGGCACAAAGAAACACACAGCCUAAUUACUUAGGCAACCUCCCAGAGAACAGACAUAAUCAUAUGGAGGCUGUUGUCCAACAAAACAAACUUCAGGUUGUGGCACAAAGAAACACACAGCCUAAUUACUUAGGCAACCUCCCAGAGAAAAGACAAAAUCACGCGAAUGGUGAUAUUUCAGACGCCUGUGCUGUUGCUAUUGUUGUUCUUGUUGUCAUUGUAUUGUCUUUUUUCUCAUAUAUCAUUAGAAAAAUCAGCAUCAGGUAGGGGAAGUUGACCAAAAAUUUGGGGAGAACAUGCUGUCUAAAUCAAAAUGUAAUGGUAAUGUAAAGGACAGGAGAGCCAACAGGACUUUUACAUGCACCUGGGUGAUGGGCAGGGAUGUUCUAUUAACUUUCUGUAUUCUUUGUUUUGCUUCCACGUUUAAUUAAUUGUGCACUAUAUUAGCUCAUUUUAUAAGCGUUGUUCAGUUAAAUAUUGACAUGUAGGCUUACCAUAGCACCAUAGUGAUCAGCACAUCUUCCCCACAAAGGGUCGUCAUCAGUGAAUGAAGGUGAUUUUGUGUUUGUUGUGAUUAAAACGUGGGGAAUCUGACCGCAAUGGCACAAUGUGAGGUAUUUGCUGUAAAUAACAUUUGGAAGGAUCUUAGCAGUAAAAUUAUUACACAAAACAAUAAAACAACAGUUUUUAGAAGUGAGGUCUAAGGGGUUGUAUUUCACCAAAAAGUACAUCAGGACAUUUUGAGCUUCAUAGCUCUAUUUAUAAAUGUACAGUUCAUUCCUAACAGCACUCUCUUCUCUGAAAUGGUUCUUUUUGCACUGUACAUGCACUACUCGGACAUGGUCAUAAUGGUCCAGGCUUUGUUAAGGCGACAACCUCAUAAUCCAGCACAUCUAAUCUAAUAGUAGUGCUUCACUGUUGUUUCAUCUUGUGUCUCAUUGAGAUGAAGAGAAAGUAAAUAGCUCUGAUGGAUAAAUGAAACACAUAAGUGAAAUGAUCGAUUGGUGUGUUAAGGAUAGCCUUCACCGAUAAUGUAUUGGCUAAAAAAAACAGGAGUGUAUUAUACACAAGGUUUUGUAUUCUUCCUGUUCUGUUAAAAAAAUGGGGUGUUUGUCAAAUACGCACAGAUGUUUGUUUGGUCUGUAAAUAAAAAGACAAAAAGCUGA